AUGUCCGAAUCUAAAAAGAAAUGUAGACAGUGCAGUGUCGAUUAUUUGAAAUUUGGCUUCAUUCCAUCAUUGCCGGACAAACAAUUGCCUAUGUGGCUUUUAUGCAACAAAGUUUUGGGCAAUGACGCUAUGAAACCAUCUAAACUGCAAGAUCAUCUGAGAAGAUGCCACCCUGAUAAAACAGAGAAAGAUUUGAAAUACUUUCAAACACUCAAAGAUAAACUUCAGAAGAGACCUACACUGGACAGAAUGUUUGCUUCGACGUCACAAAGAAACGAUGAUGGUUUGCGGGCGUCUUACAAUAUCUCGUUACUUAUAGCAAAAUCUAGAAAACGGCAUACUAUAGGAGAGAAGUUAAUUUUGCCAGCCGUUGAAGAGGUUUUAAAAACUGUUUUACACAAACCUGCAUCUGAUAUCAUUAAAAGAAUUUCCUUAAGCAACAAUACUGUUGAAAGACGUAUUGAUGAAAUGAGUUCUGAUAUUGAAAGCUUCUUAUGUAAUUAUUUGCAAACGACCCAUUUUUCUAUACAACUGGACGAGUCAACUUUACCUGAUAAUGCAGCAUUAUUAUUGGUAUAUGUUCGUUUUAUUAUGAAUCAAGAAAUCUACGAAGAACUGCUCUUCGCAAGAAAUUUCAUACUUUGA